GCGCCGACUCGUAGCCCAGGGGUCGCCGUGACUCUUCCUUGCCGACUAUGCGCGCUCUCUUCUGCUCCAAAUGGUUGCUGCCCGGCGCCACCUUGGCUCUCGGCGCCGGCCUCGGCUCCUGCCUGACGUACUACUCGCUCGGCGGCAACGCGGCCCCGGAGGCUCCGAUUAGGGAGCUGCUGCGCCGGGUGCCCGUCAUCCCCGUGCCGCAGGUGUCCGCCGCGUCCCCGGAGAUGACGCCCUACCAGUCCACCGGCAUCACGAAGUACGGCUUCCCGGGCCUGGCGCACCUCAACAGCCGGGAGUCCUACGUGCUGUCGUACGACCCGCGCAACCGGACGGCGUACUGGGUGAUCGAGCAGCUGAGCACCGAACGACUGAGCGGCCCUGCCAACCGGAAGGGCAGCGAAUUCCGCGAGGACGACUCGGUCCACGUGUACCACCGGGCCGGCAACGACGACUACCGCGGCAGCGGCUUUGACCGGGGCCACCUGGCCGCUGCGGCGAACCACAAGUGGAGCCAGAAGGCGAUGGACGACACCUUCUACCUGAGCAACGUGGCCCCGCAGAAUCCACAUUUAAAUCAGAACGCUUGGAAUAACCUGGAGAAGUUCUGCCGCAGCCUGACCAAGCAGCACAAGAACGUCUUUGUAUGCACCGGACCCCUCUACCUGCCACGAAUGGAGUCUGACGGGAAGACGUACGUCAAGUACCAGGUCCUGGGCAGGAACAACGUGGCCGUACCCACCCACUUCUUCAAGGUGGUCAUCUUAGAGAAGCACAACGGCGAAGUGGAGCUGCAGCCCUACGUGAUGCCCAACGUCCCCGUGGAUGAGAAGAUCCCACUGGAACGCUUCCUGGUGCCCAUAGAAAGCAUCGAGCGGGCGUCUGGUUUACUGUUUGUACCAAACAUCAUGAAAAGGACAAACAGCCUGAGGGCAAUCACAGCUGGCAGUAAAUGAGGGGGUACAAGUGGCACAAAGAGACAUCAUGGGAUGCAGAUCGAUGAUGGUUAUCGUGUCCCAGGUGCCAGGCUUCGACGGUUGGGGGGCUUCGGCUGAAACCUGGCAGUUUGGUCACCUGUUCACAAUGUGACAAAUGAACAACUACUGGCACUGGCGCUGGCCUCGGUGGUCUGGCCCCCGUCGUCACUUGUAAAAAAGAACUGAAUAAAGUGGCCAUUGUUCUUAAACCGUUCAAAAUGCCAA